AUGGACACCCGUGACGUUGGAUAUCCCUGGCGAACGCGGAACGUGUUCAUCAGGUUCAGUGACAACUUUCUCGCUUUCCGCGGCGGGCUCUAUGCGUCGGACCACCUCACCAAUGCCGAGCUAUCCAAGAUGAUUCGCAUUGUGUUCCGCGCAGAGGGGGCCUUCUCUAUCCAUUCAGAGUCGACCGAUAUCGAGCUUCCAAAUGAUCAACAACCAGCUCAGCAGGAUAUCUACGUUCUGACGCCGCUGAGGGCCGGAGCGAGCGUCCACACCACGGGUCAACUAAUCCUAGAUCGAAAACUAGACAGCAGACCUAGCAACCAGGACUUCAUCCAGCGCGUCAAAGACCGCGACCACGGCCACUGCACCAUUUUGGGAAUGCUCCAACCAAACCAACGGGGGAAAUGGCCUACCACAAAGAUGGCGUACAUAUUUCCCAGUGGUCAAGGCGACGUGUUCUCCUUGCUGCCAUUUCCCACCCCCCCAGAAGGAGUCCAUUGUGCGCAGAAUAUCAUCACCCUCGAAGAACCUGUCUACGAUGCCUGGGAGGCUCGUCAGAUUGCGGUCGACCCGGAUAAUGAAUACCGCAUCAUCAGCUUUCAUCCCACCACGACACGUUGUCAUGGAUUUGCAUUGCAUCCCGUGUGUCGAGAUCCUGGAAAUCCGUGGAGAGUCGACGAUGACCUGCUCCGCUGGCACUUUCACCAGACAGUCAUUUACAAUUUGCGCGGUGAUGGGCGUGACGAAGUGGAUCUGGGGCGCUAA